AUGGAGUCAAUUCGCGGUCAAGUCGCUGAUGUCAUUUAUAUGGACGGCGAGGUUAUUGUCAAUGCUAAUGUUCCUCCUGCCCAAGCAAUCCUGAUUCAAGCUGGUCGCGUCGCAGCUGUCGGCUCUAAUGAGGAUGUGCUGAGAGCUGGAAGACCGGACACUCCAUGCGUGAAUUUAAGUGGAGCAGUGGUUAUACCGGGUCUUAUAGACACACACCCGCAUCUUCUUCACUUUGCAGCUUUCAAAGCCAGUCUGCUUGAUAUCACAAAGGCGAGAAAUCACGCUGAGAUUGUUGAAGCCAUUCGCAGACGCGCUGAAAAUAUUGCCGAAGGGAGCUGA